AUGUCUCCUCGUAGAUCAGCACGUAUUGCUGCUAAGGAAAAAUCUAAUGUAAAAUCUUACAAAGAAGAUAGUGAAAGUGAUGACCAAAUAACAGAUAAUGUCGGUAAAAUUACCAAUAAAAGAAGAAAAAAAAAUGAUGUAAUCGAUAAAUCUACUGAUAUUACCUCCAAAGGAAGAAAAUCAAAGAAAAAUGCAUCUAUCGAGGUUACAAUCGAUAAAGAAACAUCAAACAUAAGUCAUGAGUUUUCAGCUAAGACUAAAGAAUCAUCAAAUGCAAAAAAUAAUUCCUCGAUCGAGGAUUUUAAUAACGAAUUAAAUAUUAUUUCAAACUCAAAAAAAUUUGUUGAUAAGGGAAAGUCAAAAGAAAUCGUUCACCACUCUGAUGGAAGUACGAGUGUUUUUGAAACUAUAGAUACCGAAUGGUUGCAACUUAAUAAAUAUGAACAGCUUCCCAAUACUCAUAGCAUACAUGAAGACGAC